AUGAACUCUUACAGCUAUGCCCGUUACGUACCUCCUCCGAAAUCAAAAAUAUCAGAGAGUAUAAGAGAUUCCACAUCUUCUCAACCAAUCUCGAGCUCGAAAUCAGUCAUAACUUGCGAUACAUAUCACGAUGCCUCGGCAAGCUAUGCGAGGUACUUGCCUUCAAAGCCAAUAUCCAAUGGAGCUAACUCAGCACCGAAGUUCGAUCGAAAUUCCAGCCCUUCAAGUUCCCUCGCCAAGAUAGGAACGAGAAGUCUAAAGCCUGAAGAAGGCCCUCUACCUAACAUAAAAUCCAUGAACGCCCCCCUUUCUCGUAAAUCUCCGACUCAACAAGGUCGAUCGCCUUCGGAUCAAAUUUCCUCCAAGUCAAAAAGAUAUGUUAAAACAUUCAAAUAUGACAACAAUGCCCAAGUAAUUAUGGAUAAUCAAGCUUAUUCUGAGCCAUCGAUAGAUAUAAACAAGUUAAAUCGAAACAAAAAUAAUUCAAACCCUGAUCAAAGAACAAAAUUUCAUCAGGAGGGUCUCAAAUCGCCUUCGAAGAGCGGUUCACCACCUUCUGGAACAUACCAUCAAAAUAAAUCUGAACCUUCCGCUACCAUUGAACAAGGAAAAUUUUCUAAAUUAGACCUUCAAAAUGUGGGCUCUAUUAAUGUAAAAAAACGUGCAAGAGAUGAAUUAGAUUCAGGAGAUGAAAAAAGCACCAAAAGCCAUAACAAAAUAUUAAAGAAACGAGAGAAGUCUCUCAAAAAAAUAAAAGCCAAAGAAGACGCAUCCAAAGGCUUACCGUUAAUGGAACCUUCUACAAAAGUCUCUGUUGAAUUACAUGAUCUAGUACCUCUGCCUCAAGCUGAGCUUCUCCCCCCAGCUACCCUAGUGUCAAUUGCAGACUCUUAUCCUCCAUGGAUGGCGAAUCCAACGCAUGUUACAACUCAAAAGAAAGUAAGCUUUAAAGAACUCGGACUCGAAAAUCAUACUAUCAAAGUUCUACAGGAAAAAGGAUUUAAUGAAGCUUUUGCCAUACAGGCUGCUGUCUUACCCCUGCUCAUCUCAAAUACUGAACGAGAGCGUGGGGACAUUGUCAUAUCAGCUGCCACAGGGUCAGGUAAAACAUUAGCGUAUACUCUCCCAAUGAUUAAAGAUAUUUCCUAUCACAAGAUUACCAAACUUAGAGGCUUAAUAAUUCUUCCAACUAGAGAACUUGUUUUUCAGGUCAAAGAAAUGGCCGAAACUUGUGUGACAGCAUUUUAUCAUAAUAAGAAAAAGCGCGUUAAGAUUGGCACAGCUGUUGGGAAUGAGUCUCUAAGUGUCGAACAAUUUCACUUAAUUGAUUAUGAUCAAAAGUAUGAUCCAGAGGAGUACAGCAAAAGACUAAACAGAAUAGAUCUAGCUUGGAAAAGCGCUGAAGAUGUCGAUGACGGCUUUCAUAGUAUUUUUGAGGAAAGUUGCACAGGACAAUUCCCAGAUCAUAUAUCAUAUCAAAAAGUCAAUGUUGACAUCUUAAUUUGUACGCCUGGAAGACUUGUUGAACACAUGAAAUGUACCUCCGGAUUUUCACUUAAAGACGUGAGUUGGCUAGUUAUUGAUGAGGCUGACAAAUUGUUGGAUCAAAGCUUCCAACAAUGGCUGCCUUUGGUGAUGGCUGAAGUAGAAUCAAAACAUACUGAGCCUCUUGUAAAACGCAGACGAGUUCAGAAGUUGAUUCUCAGUGCAACAAUGACACGAGAUCUUGGUGAAUUGGCUCAACUUAAAUUAUAUCGGCCAAAGCUUAUCACACUAGACAGUGAAAUGGAAAUAGACGGUGAUUCUCAAACACAUAACUUGCCUUGUACACUUUGGGAGUCUGGUGUGAAGGUAGAGGAAGAUGGUAUAAAACCGCUGUAUCUAAUGGAGAUACUAAAACGGGAAUCAGUUAUGUCCAUUGCAGAUUUAGAAGAUUCCUAUCCAUCAGAUACAGAUAGCCUAGAUUCUUCGUUGGAUUCGGAGACUUCCGACAGUUCGACCUCGGUGUCGAAGGAACGAAGCACAUCUAAGGUCCUUUCAUUGUCACCGGAUAGCAACUCUAAUAGCCCACAAGGUGUUCUAAUCUUCACCAAUUCUAAUGUGACUGCUGUUCGAUUAGGUCGUAUCAUUCCUCUCCUUUGCCCAAAUCUAGCCACACGAAUAGGGGUCCUAACAUCCUCUCUACCUCGCUCAUCCCGUCAGCAGUGUAUACGAUCUUUCUGUAAAGGAAUAAUCUCUGUUAUUGUGGCAUCUGACCUUGUUUCUCGCGGAUUAGAUCUACCAAAUCUCGCCCAUGUUAUCAAUUACGAUAUUCCUACUAGUGUAGUGAGUUACAUACAUCGUGUAGGAAGAACAGCGCGAGCUGGGAAAGAAGGUCGUGCCUGGACAUUAUUUACUGCUACAGAGGGACGAUGGUUCUGGAAUGAGAUUGGCCGCUCAGCACAUAUACAUCGACCAAAAGGGAAGAUUGUGCGAACUAAUAUUUCGAAGGAAACUUUCAGUGAAGAACAGAGAAGAACUUAUGGAUUAGCACUUGAAACUUUAGAGAAAGAGGCAACUGGGGUUGAGAUUUGCAAAUGGACCUGA